AUGCAGAACCUCCUUGAUCAGAACUUAGACAUGGCCACAGCUCUACUUGCUGGAGAGAAGCUGAAGGAGCUGAUCCUGCCUGGCUCCUCUCAAGAUGAGAAGAACAGUGCAUUGGCAGGACUCAUGGUGCAGCUGAAACUGGAGCUGCCCUUCGACCGUGUGGUGACCAUCGGCACGGUCAUCAUCCCCAUCCUGCUGGUCACCCUGGUCUUCACAAGGAACUUUGCAGAGGAGUCCAUCUAUUGUUAUACACCACACAAUUUCACCAGAGACCAAGCACUGUACGCAAGAGGCUACUGCUGGACGGAGCUGCGAGAUGCCGUGCCUGGAGUGGAGCCUCCCCUGUGGCCAUCACUGUUCGAGCACAAGUUCCUGCCCUACGCACUUCUAGCGUUUGCAGGGAUUAUGUAUAUCCCUGUCCUGGGCUGGGAGUUUCUUGCCUCCACACGACUCACAUCAGAGCUCAAUUUCCUGCUUCAGGAGAUUGAUAACUGCUAUCACCGAGCCGCUGAGGGCAGAGCGCCAAAGAUCGAGAAGCAGAUUCAAUCCAAAGGACCUGGAAUCACAGAGAAAGAGAGAAGGGAGAUCAUUGAGAAUGCAGAGAAAGAGAAGAGUCCUGAGCAGAACCUGUUUGAAAAGUAUUUGGAAAGACGAGGUCAAAGUAAUUUUCUGGCAAAGCUUUAUUUUGCACGGCAUCUGGCCAUUAUCUGUCUCAGUUCUAUCCCCAUCUCCUACCUGAGCGCCUACUAUUCCCGACAAAGACAAAAUGAGUUCACGUGUGCUCUCGGCGAGCCACCGGACAUAAGCAGCUAUCUUGAGCUUAAGAUGAAGGUGAAUUGUAAGCUGCCUGCUGUGCAGUUGCAGCGCAUCAUGGCAGCUGUAGACAUAGCUUUGCUCUGCUCUGUCAACUUCAUCAUUCUUUUAAACCUGUUGAAUCUUUUUGUGGUUCGCAAAUCUAACUUUGUGUUUGACAAACUGCAUAAAGUAGGUAUCAAGACUCGUAAGAGCUGGCAGAAAUCUCAGUUUUGUGAUAUCAAUAUUUUGGCAAUGUUUUGUAACGAAAACCGGGACCACAUCAAGUCGCUGAACAGACUGGACUUCAUUACAAACGAGAGCGACCUGAUGUAUGACAAUGUGGUCAGGCAGUUGUUAGCUGCACUUGCUCAGUCCAAUCAUGACUCCACUCCAACUGUGAGGGAAUCUGGAAUACAAACUCUUGAUCCCAAUUUGGACCCCCAUGACCUUGGAGUGGGAGAGCUCGGAGGAGAACCGCUAGUCAUCAAAAGGCCUCGAAAGAAAAUGAAGUGGAUUUCAUCCUCAAAUCCACUCCCUCAGCCAUUCAAGGAACCUGUUGCUCUGGCACGUAUGGAGAGUUCAAAGGCUGAGAAACCCAAACCGCAGAAACGAAAAACUGUUGCUGACACUCUCAUUGCACCACUCUUAGAUACCAAGAGCACACAUACCCCCACAGCAAAAGAGCUCAGUGGAAUGGAGAAAAAGCAUGCUCGGAACUUCUCUCUUGAUGUCCAUCCUUACAUGCUCACGAUUCGUAAGCCAAAAGCUGAGACCACUGCAACAGUAGCUGUUCCUUCACAGCACAGUAUUGAUGAAGUAUUUCUCGAAGGCACACACACGAUUGUGCAUGUUUCCGGUGGUAUAACGGAGACAAAGAUUUGCUCUCCAGAAUCUACCAUUACUGCCUUUUCUAAAAUGAUCCUCCCCACCAACACUUAUGUAAACGGUCUGAGUCCAAACCCGCCAUCGAGCGAGGAUGCACUGAGCCCGAAGUCUUCCCCUUCUCAACGAGAUCCUCUUCCUGAAGCGGCAAGUAUUGAGUGUCUGUCUCCACCUCUGACUAUCGCUCCCGCACACCAGCUCUUGGGAAUUCAUCACAAUCUGUACGAGGAAGAAGAGGAUGAAGAAAGCCGCAGGAGGAAUCUUGCAGAAAGAUCAGGGGAACUUAUUGCAGCAGGAGAAUUUUAA